UGUAAUUUACCCUUACAAUUCCGUAUUCGUUUCUUCCAACCCCUAAUCUGCUUACACAGACUUCUAUCUCCUUCUUUCACGAAACACGAACCUUUCUCCUUCUUGCAACAAUGGAGCCUUGGACUGUUGAAGUUAAAAGUGGUCAGUCAUAUCCUGUAAAACUUGGUAAAGGCAAGGUUUUGUUUCUUUCACAGGCUAAUCUUGGAGUAUCGAAGAAGAAAACAAACACAAACGAUUAUGUUUGUUUGCAAAUCACUUACGAUAACAAAAAAUUUGUUAUAGGAACCCUUCAUACUAAAAGGCUUUCAAUACAAGUAUAUGGUUUGUUCUUUGACAAAGACAUAUAUAUCUCACAUGACUGGAAAGAUGGAAGUGUGUACUUUUAUGGAUACACAUGUGAACAACCUCCCGACGAACUAUCUGGAAAGAAGAGAGAAAAGGAAUCUGCAAGCAAGAUCCAUGGUACUGACAAGAAGGCGAAGAUUACUAAUACUACCCCUUCCACGAUUGGACAAGUGAGAGUGAUGAGGGUGAAGGAUUUUGUUGGAGAGGGGGAUUAGUUUUUAAUAGGGGAAUACUUCGUCUUCAUUCAUCCUCAAAUUGUUUGGUACAUGUAAUGACACAUCUAAUCUUCUCUUGAUAGUAUAUUAUGACUAGCCUUUCCUGUAGC